AUGGAAUACCCGUACUACUCGUCUGCUCAGCAGCAGGCAUAUCCAUAUUACGGCCAGCAGGCGCCUCAGAACCCUUCACAGGACCAGUUUGGAUCGAUGGUGCAAGGACCUGACCAGCAGCAGCAGCAGCAGCAGCAACAGUUUGGUCCUUCGUUCCAGCAAUUCGACCAAUAUCAGUUCGGUCAUCCUCCUGUCCAGGGCCAAAUGAACAAUAUACCUUCAGCGCAUUAUCCGAGACAGUCCAUCGAGCCAGUAUCAAGCGGAUCAUCGAUACCCCCUUCUCUAUGCGGCAGAGAGAUCAAGCAGGAUUCCAUCGACUCGAAUGCCUUUCCACAGCCCAUCCCCAAUGAAAAUGGAGAAGAUGGCCACCAAGAACGGGAUCCCCGUAGCAGCAGUGAAGAAAAAGACUCCAACAUGACUCCUGCUCAGAGUCGUAGGAAGGCCCAGAAUCGAGCUGCGCAGCGAGCCUUCCGUGAACGCAAAGAAAGACGAGUCCGCGACCUCGAGCAAGAGUUGACAGAGUACAAGCAGAACUUCUCCAACCUGCUUGAAGACAACGAAGUACUCAAGCGUCAAAUGGCCAAAGUAGCCACUGAGAACGAGAUCCUCCGCGCAACUUCAAAGGUAGCACACUGCCAUUCUCCUGCUCAUGAACCUGAACCCACGACAACAGGCCCAAUGAUAUAUUCCCCCAAGGACUACAGCAGUGCCGCCAGCACCGUCAGUGGAGGCAGUGGUCAGUCUGAACGCGAGAAGCAUAGCAAACCAAUCCACCCGGUCAGAGUCUGUGAAGUCACCGGCGACAAGCUGCUAGAUGCGUCUGCUACCUGGGACCUGAUAGUUAGCCAUUUAUCGGACUCAGGUGCCAAACUGGACGUACAGGAUAUAUACGAUCGGUUAAAGGGACACGCUCAGUGUGACGGCAGCGGUCCCGUCAUCGGAGAGUCGCAGGUUAUCAAGGCAAUACAGGAUAGCAUUGCAGCUGGCAACGAUGAGCUGAUCUAG